UCAUGACGUAACAGUUUGUGAUGAUGAUAUGUGACGUUUACUUGUUCUUUCAUUUAAGUUGCAUGGACAAUUCACGAUGACCACCCAACAAAUUCAACCAAAUCGCGGAAUUGUGAAACAAGUCCUUUCUGGGGACUCUGUUAUUGUGAGGAAUAUAAAUAAUCCCGCGGCUGAGAAACAGAUCAACUUCUCAGGAAUUAUAGCCCCCAAGCUAUGUAGGAGGCUUGCAGCUGGAGCGUCUGAACAAAAUGAAACGAAAGAUGAGCCAUGGGCUUGGGAAGCACGUGAAUUUCUUAGAAAAAAGCUAGUUGGCAAAGAAGUCUUUUUCACAUCCCAAGUACCCCCAAAUGCAAAUAGGGAGUAUGGAACUCUAUUUUUUGGUAAAGAUUUCAACUCUGCUGAGAACAUCACAGACUCCUUAAUAUCUGAAGGACUAGUAACAGUGAAAAAAGAAGGUGUAAGGCAAACUGAAGAGUUGCAACGCCUUAUUGAUUUGGAAAAUGUAGCUAAGCAAGCUGGAAAAGGGAAAUGGGGCAAAGAUAAUCCAUCAGAUCAUGUAAGGGAUGUGAAGUGGGGAAUUGAAAAUGAACAAAUGGCAUCAUUCGUCAAAAAACAUGCCUACAAGCCGAUUAAAGCUGUUAUUGAACAUGUGAGGGAUGGUUCUACUGUUAGAGCUUUUCUGCUUCCUGAUUUUUAUCAUGUGACUGUUAUGAUUACUGGAAUAAGAUGCCCUGGAUUCAAAUUAGACAGCAAUGGUAAACCUGACCCAAACAUCAAGGUACCUUUUGCGGAUGAAGCCAGAGCGUAUGUGGAACUGAGGCUUCUGCAACAUGAUGUAGAAAUCAUCCUGGAAUCUGUUAACAACAAUAAUUUCAUUGGAACAAUUUUACAUCCAAAAGGCAACAUCGCUGAAUCCUUGUUGAGAGAAGGCCUGGCUCAUUGCGUGGAUUGGUCUAUCAGUUUCUUGAAAUCUGGCUCUGAGAAAUUGAGAGCUGCCGAACAAGUUGCUAAGGAAAAGCGUCUGAGAAUCUGGAAAGAUUGGCAGGCUAGUCAGCCAAAAGUUACUGGAAAAGAAAGAGAUUAUAAUGCAGUUGUCACUGAAAUUGUCAAUGGGGACGCUAUCAUGGUUAAAUUACCUAAUGGUGAACAAAAGAAAGUCUUUCUUUCAAGCAUAAGACCGCCUAAGGAAGGAUCCACAAAAACCGAGGAAGAAAAAAAUGCACCAAAAACUAAAACUUUCCGGCCAUUAUAUGACAUUCCUUACAUGUAUGAAGCUAGAGAAUACUUGAGGAAGGAGCUUGUUGGCAAGAAAGUUCAUGUUUUAGUGGACUAUAUACAAGAGGCUAGGGAUAGUUAUCCUGAAAAAACUUGUGCCACAGUAACUGUUGGAGGAAAGAACAUUGCUGAGGGUCUUGUAGCCAAAGGGCUUGCAACGGUAGUCAAAUACAGGGCCGAUGAUGAUCAGAGAAGUUCCAGACAUCACGAUCUGUUGGAUGCUGAAACUAAGGCUGCAAAAUCUCAGGUCGGAAUACAUUCAAAGAAGAAGGCUGUCCCAUUGAGAGUUGCAGAAAUUGAUGCUACAAGGGCUAAGCUGGAACUAUCCACUCUUCAAAGGCUCCAGAGAAUCGAAGCGGUUGUUGAAUUUGUUACAAGUGGCAGUAGGCUCCGUCUUUACAUUCCCAAGUCGAACAGCCUAUGCACAUUCCUCUUGGGGGGAAUUAACUGUCCAAGGGCAGCCCGUCCAGCUAUAGGCAAUCAGCCAGCAAUUGAGGGCGAACCUUUCGGUGAGGAGGCUUUCAAAUUCACGAAGGAACACUGUCUUCAGCGAGACGUUUCAAUCCAAGUAACUGGAUGUUCGACUACUGGAAAGACCGCCAGUCUUAUCGGUUGGCUUUGGGUCGAUAAUUUGAACCUUUCAGUUGCGUUAGUUAAUUUGGGUUAUGCGUCAGUACACAGAACUGGCGAAAAAUCCCAAUUUGCAACGCAACUCAAAGAGGCUGAAGAACAUGCCAGGAAACAGAGGUUAGGCAUCUGGAAGGAUUACGUUGAGGAGAAGGAGGAACUGAAGGUUGAAGAUGAAAAAGUGCAGAUUGAAGCCCCAGAUGCAACUUACGAAGAAGUAGUUGUGACUGAGGUUACUCCAGAGGCUCACUUCUUUGUCCAAACCAUGGCAGAGGGUCCAAAGGCGGAGGCAUUGAACGCCAAGUUCAGACAGGAGUUCCAAGCUAAUCCACCACUUCCCGGUUCUUUCACGCCCAAACGUGGAGAAAUUUGCGCCGCCAAGUUCGUUGACAAUGAGUGGUAUAGAGCGAAAGUUGAACGAGUUCAAGGAAAUAAUGCCCAAGUACACUACAUCGACUACGGAAACAGGGAAACACUGCCUCUGGUUAGGCUUGCUCCACUUUCAUCAGCCUACACCAGUGAUAAGCCAUUCGCAACAGAAUAUAGUCUGCCUUUCGUCAUAUUGCCGAAAGAUGAAGAGUAUGCUGAGCUGGCCUUGAAGUACUUAAAGGAGGAUACAAAAGCACCCAAACUGUACCUGAGCGUUGUCUAUCGUAAUCAGGGUGCCCCUAAUGCUGCUUCAUUACACACAGAGAAAAAUGCUCAGUCUGAUAUCAUCAAGAAUCUAGUUGCUGAUGGACUUCUUAUGAUUGAAAAUGUUAAAAACAGGAAGAACAAUAGAGUGCUGGCUGCUUACAAGGAAGCUCAAGAAACUGCUAAGAAAAACCGUUCUAACAUUUGGGAGUACGGAGAUAUAACUGUGGAUGAUCCUAAGGAAUUUGGUAUGGGCAAUUAAAUUGGGGGGGACCAACAGAGCUACAACCUACAGAAACAAUUACUAUAAGUUGAAAACAAAACUGGUCUAAUCAACUCUUAGAUAUAUAUUUAUCUAUCUUUGUUUGAAUAGAUGCCAAUAUAUUUUAUUGUUGGGCUAUAGUUAACCCUCAAUCAAGAAAAAAUACAAAAUGUUUAAGUGUACAUUUAUUUUAUAUACUAUAUAUAAAUUUUGCAUCUAGUUGUAUUGGACAAUAACAUGACGCAAAGACAAAUUGGAGCCCGAUCUUAGUUUUGAUCAACUUGUAUCAUCAAAUUUUCUACUGAAUAUUUCCGAAAAAUCGCCUAAUUUGUCUUCCAAAAUGUUAUUAACAUUAUUUGAAUAUUAGGAAGUGAUGAGUACUUUUCUAUAAAAUUCAAUUUUCCAAUUAAAGCAGAGUCCGAUAUACUCUUUUACCUUUAGAAAUACGACAUUCAAAAUUUUUUUUUUUUAAUCAACGCUGGAAAAAUUGGAUGUUUUUGUGAGUUUCCAAGACUGCUGUAAAUCGUUUUCGGUUAUGUGAGCUGUUGCCAAACCUCUCGGAAUAAGACUUGUACAAUAAUAAUCUUAUUUUAUAUAUAUAUAUAUUCAUGUUUCAUGUGUGAAAUAUUCUGAUAUGGAAAUCAAAAUGUAACUCUGUGAAAUAUGAAUAUGGUCAACGUUACAUUUAUUGCCGCACUAAAUUAAAAUAUAAUAUAUACCCAUCUAUUGUUCCUACUCAGUGUAAUAAUAAAACAUCCGUAAUUUUUUGUCCAUAAAAUUUUCGAUUUAUCCGCGCCCAUUUUAAUUUUAUCAAAUUGUUGUCAACGCCAGUCUUAAAGUUAUAUUUAAUAUACCGUAAUUUUUUUUAUUUAUAGUUAUCAUAUUUAAUUAAUUUUUGUAUAUCUUGAAUGUAUUGUCUACAAAUGUUGAGGUUAUCUAAUUUAAGAAAAUUAUUUGUAUAAUGUGAUCCGUAAUUUUAUAAAUUUUACUUGAUUAUUUUCAAGUAUUGAGUGCAUCUGGUCAAUUUCAGGCAGACUGGGUUUAAACCUAAUUGGAUACAAAAGUACUCAAGAACACUAUCUUUUUGAUAUAGGGUGUGGAUGUUCAAAUGUAGGUAAAGGCUUUGUUUAAAAUAAACAAUUUGUUAA